GUUGAUUGGAGUGAAAAGAGUUCAUCAUGCUCCGUUUCAGCAUACUACUUUCACUAACUUGGCUCAACUGUGCUAAUGGAGCACCUCCGUGCCCUAUUGGAGCUUCUCAAAGUUUGUGGACAUGCGCCAACUCAGUAGAUUUCAAAGCGCUUUGUAAUCAGUCAUGCCUGCCGAUUUUCAAACCUGGCUGUAGGUGUGCGUUGGGUCAGUUGUUGGAUAAGGCAGGAGGGAAUUGUAUUACCUUGCCGAAAUGUCAAGCAUCCAGGUCUAGAGAGAUUCACCCGCUUGAUCCGUUGCAGCCAUUACCAUCAGUAUCACAAGUACCUAGUAAUAUUCCGAGCGGAAACGAAUCAAAAUUUAUACCAGGUACUCGUCAUAACGGAAACGGACCAGAAAAAUCAUCAAGAUCACCAGUACCAGAAGCUGGACUAAAUGGCAACUCUAACGAAGAAAUACCAGAAGGUCAGAAUAGUCAUAACGGAAAUGGAUCAGGGAUGCUACCAGGAUCACCAGCAUCAGUAGCUCGAGAAAAUGGUAAAUCUAACGAAAACAUGGAUGAUGACGAUUAUCACGACGACGACGAUUAUCACGACGACGACGAUUAUGAUAGAAUGGACAAAAAUGAACUAGGGCCAUCAUCAGAAUCUGAAUCAAAUACUGAAACUCAUUCAUCAGAUCUCGAUAGCCACAACGGGAAUAGACCAGAGGCAUCACCAGGAUCUACACCAGUUGAGGAUAGUCCACAUGGAGAAGGACCGAAGAAACAAGCAAACCCUACACGAGGUGUUAAUGACAGGCAGGGAGUAGGGAUAUCUGAAUAUAACGGUAGUUCGGAUGGAAAUGAAUCAGCAAAACCACCAGUAUCUACACCAGAUGAUGGUGUUCAUACAUCACAUUCACAGACAUCAGGUAAUGAUAGUGGUACCAAAAAUGGAUCAGAGUCUGUAACGAAGGGCCCACCACCUAAUGGUAGUUCUCACGAAGGUCCAUCAACCUAUGAUAAUAGUCCGGGCAAAGAUCAAUCAGGGGAAAUACACUCAUCAAACGAUAGAUCAAAUGUUGAUAACAGCCACGGAGUAAGGAUACCAGAAAAUAAUCAUAGUCCACAUAGAGAAGGAUCAGAAAAACCACCAGGAUCUACACCAGAUGGUGAUAUUCCGGAAUCAGAUGAUGUUAGUCAUAAUGGAAGCGGAUCAGAAUCUACACAAAAUAAUAACAGUAAUGAUGGAGGUGAACCACGAAAACAAUCAGAAUCAAGAGAUAGUACUGCAGAAUCGAAACAACCCCAGAUUCCCGGAAACAAACUGUCAAUCCAACCAUCAGUUCACCAACCACCGAAUAAUCCACUGUCGAAAUGCUCUCUUAUGUGGGCUGGUUUGGCAAAUUGCGAUCUCUUGCAAGAGGAUAAGGAGGUGCUGAGUCAGAAACUAUCAGCAGGAUGUGGUGGCCUUCCCAUCCAUGUAAUCAAGGCUUCUUCACCUGACGAAGAGCAAAGAUGGAUCAAGCUGCUAAGUGACUGUGUUAACCCAACCUCAAUAUGAUCAGAAGAAGAUAAUAGCUCUAAUCAUGACUAUUUUAACUUGCAUGCAUUGAGACGAAAUAUCGUGUGAAACUACACUAGGUUCAGGAAAAUUAAAAGCUUACUGCAUAAAAUUCUUAUUUCGCAACGUACGGCACGUAUCUUUGGUUUACAUGUAGUUGUUACAUUAUUUGUGUUAUGAAUUAAGUAGCAUUCAUUGUAAGAAUUAAUCAAUUUCAAUCAUAUAUUAUUUGAGUAAUGUACGAUCGUUUAUUAAGAAAUAAAUAUACUAUUGCUGGAAUAGACAAAUCAUUCAUCAUCAA